GCGCAUUCAAGGAACACACACCUGACGUCACCAGUCCCACGAGGCAGCACAACACAAGACAACAUAAGACGAACAUGCCUUGCCAAUGAGUCUAAUGAUGGGGCAAUCCUCUCAAUGUUGAGCGUAGUAAUCCACUUGCCAGCUUCCCUUCUCCCCCUGUCAUAAUCCUUGCUUGUCUUUUUUUUUUUGGAGUGGGAAGGGGAAGUCAUCACCAACUAUCCUCGGAUGAAACGUUGGGAUCCUACCCACCUGCAUGCAGCACUUGGGUAAUAACUUGGAUAAUAAUACACAUUUACUAUCACCACUGGCAGUAUGCCAACCCAAUUCCACGAUGACUCGGGCCGAACCAUCAUCCUGAGGGGCGUCAACCUCGCCGAUGGCAAAUACCCCCCAGGCCAGCCCACUUACAGGCUCUCAUCACUCGACACCACCGCCGACUACUCGUACAUCGGGAGCCCACUCAGCCUCGACGACGCACCGGCGCAGCUCGCCCGCCUGCGCUACCUCGGCUUCAACGUCCUCCGGCUGCCGGUGGUGUGGGAGGCCCUGGAGCACGCCGGCCCCGGCGUCUACGACGAGGACUACAUCGCCCACACCGUCUCGCUCGUGCGGCUCUGCAACGCCCACGGCUUCCGCGUCGUCAUCAACCCCCACCAGGACCUGUGGUCGCGCUUCGCCGGCGGCAGCGGCGCGCCCUUGUGGACCCUCCACGCCUGCGGGCUCGACCCAGACGGCUUCGCCGACACGCACGCCGCCGUGCGCUACGCCGAGUGGCCCGCCGACAGCGACAACACGAACCACGGCGGCCGCGGCAAGGACAAGGACCCCCACGAGAUCCCGGACAUGAUGUGGACGAGCAACCACAACCGCCUGGCGCCGCUGACGCUGUUCGCGCUCUUCUUUGGGGGCCGGGACUUUGCCCCGCGGUGCAAGAUCGACGGCGUCAGCGUCCAGGACUACCUGCAGAACCACUACGUGGCGGCGUACGGGCGUCUUGCCGAUGCCCUCCGGGGCCUGGAGUUCGGCUGGGACAGCAUGAACGAGCCCGAGCCUGGGCUGAUCGGGUGGAAGGACCUGGGCAGGAUGGAGAGGGAGGCCAGCGCGACCAUCGGGAGCACCCCCAGCCCCAUCCAGGCCAUGAGGCUGGGGAUGGGCGUCGAGCAGACUGUGGACAGGUUCAAGCUGGGCAAGACUGGGCCGCACAAGAGCGGGACCGUCACGGUAACCCCAGGGAGGACCUGCUGGUUGGAAAAGGAAGACGCAAGGUGGAAGUGGGACAGGUCUGCCGACUGGAAGCUGGGAGAGUGUGUCUGGGCACAACACGGCGUCUGGGACAUGUCCACCGGGGAGCUCAAGAACCCGCAGUACUUUGACCACCCCCCAAACGGGUCGUACGAGGGCGCCAGGAGCACCGGCGAGGCGUUUGACUGGAAGGAGACGUACUGGCGGGCAUUCUACGAGAAGUGGCACGCCGGGAUCCGGAAGCACUCCCCGGUGGCAAUCAUGUUCUUCCAGUCGUCGGUCCUCGACCCCCCGCCGCACAGGCUGCUGUCCGACAUCACGUCCAACGGCGACCACCACCGGAUGGCGUACAGCCCGCACUUCUACGACGCCCUGACCGUCAUGAAGGGCCACUGGCACAGGUACUGGAACAUCGACAUCCUCGCGCUGCUCCGCGGCCCGCAGGACAUCAGCAACAAGCUGAAGGCGCUGCGCCUCGGCAACAGCAGGGUCCGGAAGGUCAUCUCGGACCAGCUCGGCGAGCUGGCCAACGACGUCAACGGCGGCGCCGAGGGCGAGGACGAGCACAGCCACCCCGUGCCGACGCUCGUCGGCGAGACGGGCAUCCCCUUCAGCCUCGACGGCGGCAGGGCGUACGGCGACGGCGACUACACCAGCCACGUGGCCGCCAUGGACGCCAUCAUCAGCGGGUGCGACGACCACCUGCUCGGCUACACCCUGUGGGCGUACAGCCCGGGCAACACCCACGAGUGGGGCGACCACUGGAACGGCGAGGACCUGUCCAUCUACUGCGCCGAGACGGGGUCGUUCCCGCGGCACAGGCACCUCUCUGGCUUCCGGGCGGCGGCGGCGUGGUGCCGGCCGUACGUCCAGUCCCUAGGCCCCGGUGCGAGACUGGUUCGGAUGGGGUUCGACCUGAAAACCAGCAGGUUCGACGCGGAUGUCGAGGCUGCCGGGGCCGGGGAUGUUGCCAUCUACGUGCCUUGGCUGCAUUAUCGACGAUCUGAUGACGAGGAUGAGCUGGAGGUGGACGUUGACGUCUCGGCGGGGGAGUGGUCCCUGGACAGCAAGUCGCAGCUGCUCCGCUGGGCAUAUCAGCAGGGUGGACAGUUGAGUUUGCAGCUGAAGAGAACAUCAGGGCCCUUGUCACCUAAGGAACUUGGAACUCUGGUCCAGCGGUAGCGGGCUCCGCGUGGGAGGGGGGGAAGGUGUCUACAUAUGUAGCAUUUGAGUCUUGUCCUCGGCCAAAGGUUCGGAUGAAUC